AUGCCCCUAUUUGAAGAAACCAACCCAAAAAAUAAUAAUCAGUCAGCCGACACUAAGCAAUCUGACAAUUGUGGUUUUGCUAACCAAAAAAAUUCAACCCCGACCGAGCAAAAACAAAAAUCCAGUCUCCUGACCAUUAUCGGUCAAUUACUCCCGUUAGCUCCCUUUGCUUUUGAACAGUUUACCGGACAAAAAGUUCCCCAUAUGAGUGGCACCAUGGCCGACAUUCAAACUAAUUUGCAAGUAGUAGUUAACAAUCAACAAGCCUUAAGUCAACGACUAAUCGCUUUAGAAACAAAGUUACUGGAAAUACAAAGUAAUGCUAACCAGCAUUUAACCAACCUAACCAACCAAUUUAAAUCACUGCGCCUAACUCACACUAAAGAGCAAAAGCAAAUUGAGUAUAACCCACCAGAAAACCAAGAAAAUUAUUAA